UAUCAGUAUCAUCUUCUUCUUCUUUUUUCUCUUCUUCUUGUUCUUCUCUUUGGUUUGAUUUUAUCUUCAUGGAUUCAUCGGAUUUUCCCGCCAGCAAAUCUCCCCGGCGAGAGCUUCAGGGUCCUCGACCAGCGCCUUUAAAAGUUCGUAAAGACUCCUACAAGAUCAGGAAGCCACCAGUACCGCCGCAACAAAACCAACAACAACACCACCCACACCACCAAGCACCGCCGCGGCCUCCGGUGAUAAUCUACACUGUAUCACCCAAGGUGAUUCACACAAACCCUAGUGACUUUAUGACCCUAGUUCAACGGCUCACCGGCUCUUCUUCUUCUACUUCUUCUUCCGCCGUUGCCGCCAAUAUGUCGUCUUCUUCAUCGACAUACGAUCCGUUUAACGACACAAGCGGUGCAAUUUCUCCUGCUGCAAGAUACGCGAGCAUAGAAAUAGCCGCAAAGACCCCCGAUAAGAUGAAGAAGCAACAAGUUAUUGGCCACGAUCAUGAAGCUAAUAACAUUGGCGGUUUUGUAGAAGGGAUUGAGAUGGAUCAUAAUAUCGAAAGAUCAAGUUUUUUUCCAGGGAUUUUAUCUCCAGGACCCACUUCACUCCCCAUGAUAUCACCGAGCUUCUUUUCUCCGCCGUCUGAUCCAAACUCUUUCAGCAAUUUCUUCCAUGAUUUGAGUCCAGUGCUUCACGGCAACAAGAAUUUCAUGGAGGGUAGUUUCAUGCCAAGUCCUUCAAGCUUUCUUUCACCUCACAUAACGUCUCCAACUCCAUCGAUAGACCUCUUCAACAAUUUCUUUGACUUUUAGGUAGAUAGGAUUUUAAAAAAAAAAAAAAAACAUUU